CAUUCUAUAUACUACAGAGGGGGUCAUUCUAUAUACUAUAAAUACAGAAGUUGCAUUAUACUAUAAGGGUGUGUGUGACAGCAUUUUACAUACUAUCACUACAGGGGGCAUUAUCCUACAGGGGACAUUAUCCUACAGGGGGCAUUAUACAUCUGGACACUGCAGGGGGUGCAUUAUAUGUAGUGGCACUACAGGGGGUAUUAUAAUACAGGGGGUCAUUAUAACUGCCGUGGACACUGCGGCAGGGCUGUAUAAAUACUGGGGCACUAUAGGGGCUUUAUGACUACUGUGGGCUCUAUAGGGGUGCCUUGUAGAGGUACCUUGCUACUGUUGGGGCACUGUAGGGGCAUAUAUUUCUACUACUGGCUGUAUAGGGGAAUGUUUAAUAUUGUGGUUACUGUGUGGACAUUAUUAUUGACCACAAUAUGGAGGGCAUUACUACUAACGGGGUUGCUAUUUAGGGUACUGUAGGGGGCACAGUUACUACUGGGGGCAGUCUGGGAGCACUAUUACUAUGGGAUCAACUAUCUGUAUGGCACUGUCAUUUCUGCAGUAUAGCAUUUGGGGCACUGGGAUCACAGCGGGCACAGUAUUGGGGUAGCAGGAUGACAAUGUUGGGGCACCAGGCGAAGGAGGAUGAUGCUAGAAAAGAGAGGCAUCUAAGUUGUUUUUUUCAAACUCUGCAGAGAUGAGGCAUGGCGGAAAUAAUUUGUCAUGGCGGUCUGGUCCGAAGGGAGAAGAUGACAAAAGAGAACGUCUACAUCGAUGAGACAUCAUCAGAUCCAUUUAGUAAAUGGUGUCACCUGCGGCCAAGAGAAGCAGAAAAGGUCCCAGAGAGUGUGUGGAAACUCCUCUUCUACAGCUGCUCGUGGUCUUACUGUUCAUACCUCCUUUUCUUCACUGAACAUAACUACUUUCAUGACCCCCCUUCUACGUUCCAUGGUUGGAAGUCGGGAGUAGCUGUUCCCAAGGAAAUCGCCCUUGUGUAUCUCAUCCAAGGCAGCUUUUAUGCACACUCUACUUAUGCAACUUUGUACAUGGACGCAUGGAGAAAAGACUCAAUUGUAAUGAUUAUACAUCAUGUGGUCACUUUUACUUUAAUUUCUUUCUCAUAUGCUUUCCGAUAUCACAACAUUGGAAUUGUAGUACUUUUUCUUCAUGAUUUUAAUGACAUUUUGCUGGAAUUCACCAAACUCAACAUCUACUUCAAGACACGAGGUGGAACAUAUCACAAAAUCAACGCCAUUAUUACAGAUAUUGGAUCUGUUUUGUUCAGUGUAAGCUGGUUCUGGUUCCGACUGUACUGGUUUCCUAUAAAGGUCCUUUAUGUCACAUGCUGUUCCAGCCUUGAAUCUAAUCCAGACAUCCCUUUUUAUUUCUUCUUUAACGUCCUUCUAUUCUUAUUGACACUUAUGAAUAUUUAUUGGUUUUUGUACAUUGUAAUGUUUGUUGGGAAAGUGCUGACGGGCCAGGUUAAAGAAGUUAAUGAUGUCCGAGAAUAUGAUGUUUCUGAAGAUCAGAAAAUGGGUGUCAAGGAUCACAGCAAAACACCCCCAAGGCACAAGGAUACCAUGAAUAGCAAGCAAUACAUGUCAAAUGGAUAUGUAAAGAAAAAGAGAGCAUAAGGACGGUGAAGUAAAGUGCCAUGAGCGAUGGUCUCUUAAAUAAAGCCUUGUAUUGUCAUUCAAUGAACUGAUUUUUUUUUCUUUUUUUGCUUUAUCUACUGUAUUGUCAGAGCCUCAACAUAAUUUACCUCAAAACCUCAAGUAUUUAACGUAUUAUUGGUAAUUAACAUGUCCCUAUUGGUUUAAGGUAUAGCUGAUGCUG